AUGAGCCUUCCGUCCUUGAAACUGUACCACAAGGAGCCGUAUCCUGCUAUCUCACCGACACUACCACAGCUGAGCCAGUUGGGAAAGACCGUCAUCGUCUCUGGCGGCAGCUCAGGCAUCGGGUUUGCUAUUGCACGCUCCUUCGUCACCGCAGGCGCCGCUCGCGUAAUCAUUCUCGGCCGGCGUCGCAAAUAUGUCGAGUCCGCUGCAAAGACCCUCAACCAUGAGGCAGGAUGCGACGUCGCAGAGGGUAGAGCGGUCGACGCCUACAGUCUUCCCGCCAUCGAGGAGCUCUGGUCCACCUUGCACGCCCAAGGCAUCUACGUCCACGUUCUGGUCUUGAGCGCGUCGGCCUAUGGGAUUAAAUCGCAUAUACUGGAGACCACACUGGAGAAAACCUGGGGGGACUUUGAGGCCAACUUUCUGGUCAACGUCUCCACCAUUGCGGCGUACAUGUGGACGACCAUGGCCCCGGACCGCCCGACAUACGGACUAACUAAGAAUGCCGCACUCGCCCUCGUCCAACAAAUCGCAAAGAACUCCAACCCCAAAGAGCUGCAGAUUGUAAGAUUUCAUCCUGGAGGCAUUCUCACUGAAUCAGCGCGAAAAGAAGGGUACGCUGACGGCGGUUUUAAUUUUGACGACGUUAAGCUCGCCCCAUGA